CGUCAAUCCGAUCCUGAUCUCCAUCCCAUUCCCCCAUCCUUUGGAGUUGAGCAACCUACUCAUCUCCUUUCUCCGAGUCCAUUUCAUUUCGUCAUGGCUCCUCUUUCGAUUGCCGACAUUGUGUCGGCCCUUCCGGCCGACGACACCUGGGGCCCCGCGACUGCUGGCGACAACAUGCUCGGUGGUGUCCCUUAUGCUCCUUUCUCUAAGGGUGACAAGCUGGGUCGCAUGGCCGACUGGACUGCCGAGUCCAAGGACCGUGAGAGGGCCGGUCGUCAGGCUUACAACCGCAACUACAGAGACCAGCAAGUCUACGGUGCCGGUUCCUCCAGCCUCUUCAACGUCCAGGUCGCCGAGGAUGAGUCCUCUUUCUCCGUUGUCGACAACACUCGUACCUCUGCCAAACGCACCUUUGGCCGUGGUGGUGGUACCGUCUUCCGUGGUCGCGGCCAGCGUGGCGGCGCUCAGCGCGGUGGCCGGGCUGGCUUCCAGCGCGUUGGUGCCGGCCGUGGUGGCCAGGGUGGUGACCGCUACUACGACAACCGGUCCGGUCGCGGCGGCCGUGGCCGUCGCUUCGGAUGGAAGGACUACGACAAGCCCCAGCGCACCCGCGAGCCUUCGGUCAACGUUCGCCCCGAGUGGGGUGUGCUGGAGGAGGUUGACUUCAGCCGUCUGUCCAAGCUGAACCUCGAGACCCCCGAGGGCGAGGACCUCGACACCUACGGUUUCCUCCACUACUACGACCGGUCCUACGAUAAGGCGCCCGUCAAGAACGCCGAGCGCCGCCUGCAGUCGCUCGACCGGGCCGCCUACAACGUCACGACCUCGCAAGAUCCCGUCAUCCAGGAGCUCUCCGACAAGAACGAGGCCACCGUCUUCGCCAGCUCCGACAUCCUGUCCAUGCUCAUGUGCGCCACCCGCAGUGUCUACUCCUGGGACAUUGUCAUCGUGCACCAGGGCAACAAGAUCUACUUCGACAAGCGUGACGGCGCCUCCCUGGACCUGGUGACGGUUAACGAGAACGCCGCCGACGCUCCCCUCGAGGUGACCGACUCCUCCAACAAGCAGGAGGCCAUCAACACCCCCAGCGCCCUGGCCAUGGAAGCCACCUUCAUCAACCACAACUUCGCCCUGCAGACCGUGGCCGAGUCCGAGGACAAGGUGUCCUUCAACAACCCCAACCCCUUCUACAACGCCGCCGAGGAGACCGAGCCCCUCGCCUCCAAGGGCUACAAGUACCGCCGCUUCGACCUGUCGCUGGAGCGCGACGAGGAGCCCCUCAACAUGAUCGUCCGGACCGAGGUCGACGCCGUCAUGAAGAACCCCACCCCCGGCGGCGAGGACCAGCAGCUGGUCGUCAAGGCGCUGAACGAGUUCGACAGCAAGGCGCAGGGCUCCGGCGGCGCGCUCGACUGGCGCAGCAAGCUGUGGUCGCAGCGCGGUGCCGUCGUCGCCACCGAGAUGAAGAACAACAGCUGCAAGCUGGCCCGCUGGACCACCCAGGCCAUCCUGGCGAAGGCUGAUGGCAUGAAGCUCGGUUUCGUGUCGCGUGCCAACGCCCGCUCCGCUGCUGCCCACGUCGUUCUGGGCGUUGUGAACUACAAGCCCCGCGACCUGGCCUCGCAGAUGAACCUGAACCUGGGUAACGGUUGGGGUAUCGUGCGGACGAUCGUCGACCGCAUCCGCGCCCUGGAUGCCGACGAGGACCCCUCCAAGGUCAAGAAGUACGUCCUCAUCAAGGACCCCAACCGCUCCGUCAUCCGUCUGUACAGUGUGCCCGCCAACACUUUCGAGGAGGACGAGGAAGCCGAGGCUCUUGAGGAGGAGAAGGCCGAGGAGGAUGAUGAGUAAACGGUUAGAAAGGGGGUUGUUCUAUGAUGUCGUAAUGUCAUUUGGAAUCUUUUUUACUCGUGUGCAUACGUUCAAAAGUUGCUUAGAAUUGAGCAUGCCUGAUUUUACUAUUAC